CCUUGUUUGUUUGUUUAUUUGACAGUUUUCAAAGGCGGAUCCAGUGGUUUGAAACAUCGGGGAUCUGAGGACAAACUAAAGAAGUACAAGAUGGAGGAGGACGUCUUCAUGGAGCCCCUCCCUGAGCCGCUCCUCCUAAUCCUCUCCCCUCCUCCACCGUUUUUGCCCACUGUUGCUCAGCCGGUCAUGGUUUGGCCCAAGUGGCUGAAAGCCUUUGAGCGCUACAUGCAGGGGCUGGGUGAGAGGGACCUGCCAGACUCCAGCAAGCUGGUGCUCCUAAAGAACUGCCUCGGCACCGAAGGGGAGCGCGUCUUCAGAAUUCUGAUCCGAAAUGAGAGCUCGUACGCCACUGCCAUCGCGGCUCUGACCGCUCACUUCAACUCCAGCUACACGUCUCAGAUCCACCGCCUCAAGUUCCACCAGAGGGUCCAGAUGCCCGGAGAGACUGUCGAUCAGUUCGUGUCCGCGUUAGAAGAACUGGCAACUCCUUGCAAAUAUCGAAAAUCCAAGCACAAAGUUAUCCUGGAUCAGCUGAUCAAUAAAACAAACUCCCCACAACUCCGGGAGAGUCUGACAAAGAGGAGGGCGGAUCUGACCUUGGCCACGGCGUUGGCUAUUGCUCGAGAUACGGAGUUGCUCCUGGAAGGGUCUCCGCAGUACCACGUCCAUGAGGUCAGCGUGGACAUCGGAGAGGAUUUUGACCCUCCUGUUCCAGUCAAGCGCAAAAGAGGACGACCUCGCAAAGAGGAGCAACGAGUUCAAGCCGAGACGCGUCCAGCUCAGCCCCCGGUGAAGCCACCUAUGCGCAAAGACGAGUACUACUACAGCAACGAUAAGCUGUAUUAUGAGAACGACGGGGAAGAGCCUUCUCCGGAGGUGUCCAACGAGGUUGGCAGUGACUCGGUUGAUGGUGAAAAUGGAGCUCCAAUGCCGCUGCUGAGGGUGAAGGAGGAAGAGGCCAGCAAAGACUGUGAUGAUGUGGAAGACAGCGGCAAGAACGAAGAAGGCGGCGGCGAGAACGAAGAAGGCCGCGGCGAGAACGAAGAAGGCGGCGGCGAGAACGAAGAAGAUGGUGGCGAGAACGAGGAAGACGAUGACGACUUUAUGUUGCCGUCUCUGAAGCCGAAAGGCCCCGUGUGCCCCAUAUGCCCCAACAGGCACUUCAGAAACGCACACAAACUGGGCAGACACAUGAGGUCCCACACAAAGGAGAAGCCCUUCAUCUGCCCAGUCUGCAGCAAGGCGUUCAGCCAGACCUACCACCUGACCCGACACAUGAGGAACCUGCACGGUGGCGCCCAGUACAUCUGCCCAACCUGCGGCGAGAGCCUGGGGAGCUGCGUAGAGCUCCAGAAGCACAAGAAGACGCACCAACCUAAAGUUCUGUCAUGUCCGGAGUGCAAUAAAAAAUUCACCGACCCUGAGGAGUUUUCUGCUCACGUCAAGUUGCACGACGACGCCUCGUCUUCCCAAGAGGAGGAUGAAAGUCGUGAUCAAGUUAAUGUAAAAACCGAGGAAAUACCUGAUGAUCACGAAGACGAUGCGUCUUCAGAUUCAGACCCCGAGGUUCUUGACUCCGUGAGUGAAAACGCCGAAGCCGAGUCUGAAACUGGAGAUCAAAUGAAGCAAAAGGCAACACCAAAAGCUAAAAGAGAUGGACAUUUCUGCCCUAUCUGUGUCAACCGGCGCUUCAAAGGAUCCAACAAGCUGGCCAGACACAUGAGGGCGCACACUAAAGAGAAACCCUUCACCUGCCCGGUGUGCGACAUGACCUUCAGCCAGUCGUACCACAUGACCAGACACGUGAGGAACCAGCAUGGCCACGGUAAGCACAUCUGCUCCAAGUGCGGGAAAAGUUUCGACACCUGGCUGGAUUUGAAAGUGCACAGGAAGACCCACGCCAUCAGGGGCUUGACGUGUUUCGCCUGCGAUAAGCAGUUCAAAGGCGAAACCUCGCUCGUCAACCAUCUCAAGCUGCACCGGAAGGUGGAGUCCUCGCAUCGCAACCUCAUCUGCAACGACUGCGGCAAGGAGUUUGGCCGAAUGUACCAUCUGAAAAGACAUCUCAUGACGCACCGGAAGGGAGUGACCUCUGAGUGCUACACGUGCCCCGACUGCCAGAAAACCUUUGCCUUCCCAGAAGACCUCAACAAGCAUUUGGACAACCAUGUGAAGGAGAACAAUGGCAUAUGUCCAAAAUGCAAUGAGAGCUUCACCAGCGCAGAAGACCUAGAGGCUCAUAUGAGCAUCCAUCAGAAGACCUACUCCUGCAGCAUCUGCAACAAGAAGUUUAAGGUGGAGUACGCUCUGAAGAAGCAUGAGCAAGGCCACAAAGCUGAACAGUACUUCUGCUCUUUGUGCCAGAAGCGUUUCCUCAAGCUCUCCCACUAUAAGAGGCACAUAUUGGUCCACAGCAGACGUGAGUCUAGAUGCCCUCACUGCGACAACGUUUUCCUGCAGUUGACGGCCUUUAAAUACCACCUACGGACUCACACUGAGGAGAGGCCCUACCAGUGCAUCUGCUGUAUCGAGUCCUUUGUCGAGAAGGAGGAUCUGGAGCAGCACUGCCUCAAACACAGAACGUUCAAGAAGCAGAAGCCCUACUCCUGCACCCGCUGUGACAACGCCUUCUCCACGCUGGUGGAGCUGACCGAACACAUGAGCCUGCACGAGGGGGAGCCGCCGCAAACCUGCCCCGUGUGCGGCAAGAGUUUCCUGAACAAGAACAAGCUGGAGAAGCACAUGAGCAUCCACACCGGCGAGAGGCCUCACCUGUGCUCCAUCUGCGGCAACGGCUUCCCCUCCGCCGCCAGCCUCAAGCUGCACGCCUACAUCCACACGGGGGAGAAGCCCUUCCAGUGCUCGCAGUGCCUCAAGAAGUUCAGCUCCAAAAGCGGCCUGCGCCUGCACAGCCGCCAGCAUUUGGACCAGCGACCCAGCUACGAGUGUCCCGAGUGCGGGAGGACGUACGGGCGCAUGACGGAGCUGAAGAUGCACCAGCGCUACCACACCGGGGACAAACCCUACGCCUGCACCUGCUGCUCCAAGCGUUUCAUCAGCAAGGACAAGCUGAACGUUCACAUGAGGACGCACACGGGGGAGAGGCCCUACUCCUGUCCCCACUGUGGACAGACGUUUACGCAGACCGGGGACAGAAACAGACACAUCAGUAAACAGCACAGCAACCUGAUGCAGUGAAGUGCUUCGUUACAAAAAACAUGAAAAUUCAAAGAUUUUAAGGAGGCGUUGACAUUCUUUACUCGAAAACGACAAGAAGUUGGAAUUAUAUCCUGAUAGAACACAAAAACUGUAAACAAUCAAGCAGAAAAAUGCUCUUUACAGUGCUGACUGAGGCUUAGAUUAAGAACAUUUUAGCGAUCCAAGUUUCAAUGAUGAAGAACAGCCAAUAUUGUUAACCAGAAAUCAAUGAAAUGCCUUUUGUUAGUCAUUAUAGAGAGAUGAAUGUUAGAUUUAAGUAUUUACCUUUCAUUUAUGAAACAGGCAGUAUGCAUUUGCCUAUGUAUGGGAUCAGAAAUAUUGUUUUUAGAAUUGUGCGCAUGUAUUUUCACGUUUCAUACAUUUUUGCAUGAUGAUAAAGAUCAGAACCUUCGCAAUCACUAAGUGGAAAAUCCAGUGUUUAAUCUUCUUAAUGCAGCAAAUCACCAAACUGUUCAAUUCAGCUACAUUUUUGUUUGUCAUUUUUUUGUUUGUUUUCUUUUAAAACUGUCACAUUACUCAGAAAUGUCAUGUAAAAAUAUAGGCUUUGCAUGCUGGAAUUGUUGGUGUAGUUUAACGCGGUCUGGUCCAACAAACGGCCGCACUGGCAUGACCACACUGAUGGAGACUAAAUCACUUCAAAGAACACAAAGAAGACUCUUAAAAUGUGUAUGUUUAUUAUUAUUUUUUCACUCUUUAUCAGUGUUAGUUGUCAUUUUAUUUCAUUUUACUUUAGUUUUAUAAUCUAACAUUACAAGAGUUGUGUUGCUAUUUUCAGUACCAAAAAAUGUAACAUUCACUGUAAUACUUUCCAACUACAUGAUUUGCUUCAAUUUUACAUCUGUUAGAUUACUUCAUAUGAAACUAAAACAUCUUAAUUUAUUUUUCUUUUCUUUUUAAUUCUUAAAAAAAUGAAAAUGUGUUUGAAGUGCUGAUUUCUGAGGGAAUAUUGUGGGUAAUGAUGUAUCUACAUGAGGGCACAAGAGAGCAGAUGUGUGAUUAUAAUGCAUAGAUUAUGUUUGGGGGCCUGUAAUAUAAAUAAAUUACUACACCUACUAAAAAAAUGUAAUCAGGAUGACAGAACAGUUACUUUUCGAUUUUCUGGAUUGUUUUUUCUUAUAGUAAUACAGAAUUUUGUUGGUCAUUUUUUUUUUUACUAUCUUGUAUUCAAACCAUUAUAAAUAUUUAGUUAAUAAAUUCAAAUCCAAACAUUUGUUUUUAAUUAAAAAAAUAAUAAUUUUACAAAGUGCAAAAUGUUUGUAAUUCUUUCCAUUGAUGAGUUAAGAAUUUUUUGUUUGUUUGCUGUGUACAUUCA